UGCUGGGAAGAGCUCAUAGGAUUGCAUCGGCGUUCCCUUGGACAUGUUGCUUAAUAGCGCAACUGCGGAAUUGAAAUAAGCUCGUCAGCAUCUCGCGCGGCGCAGCUUUGGGCAGGUGCUCGUUUUUUGCGCGUGUUUAAAGACGGUGCCAUGCGGGAUCGGGAAUCAAACACCAAAAGGCUGUAAAAACCUGCUGGAAUCCGACAAUUACGUAGACAUGGGAUCCCUGGUGAGAUCCCGUUGGCUUAUGAUCCCCCUGCUCAUGCAGGCCUGGCUCCUGGCUUCCCAAGGCAGAGUCCGAGAGAAACCAUGUCCCCGAAGCUGCCGAUGUGAUGGCAAAAUAGUGUAUUGUGAGUCCAAUGCCUUCCGUGACAUGCCAAAGAAUGUGUCCUUAGGAUGCCAGGGCCUCUCUCUGCGUUACAACAGCUUGGUAAACCUUAGGGCUGGUCAGUUUGCCAACCUCGGACAGCUGGUUUGGUUGUACCUCGACCACAACUACAUCAAUGCAGUGGACAAGCAAGCCUUUCAGGGUGUUCGAAGACUAAAGGAGUUGAUCCUGAGCUCCAACAAGAUCACACAUUUGGAAAAUAACACGUUUCAUUCGAUCCCCAACUUACGCAAUCUGGACCUCUCCUACAACAAAUUGCAAGUCCUGCAGCCAAAUCAGUUCCAAGGAUUGCGCAAACUGUUGAGUCUUCACAUCAGAUCGAAUUCCCUCAAGACGGUUCCUAUGCGAGUGUUUCAGGAUUGUCGAAACCUAGAGUUCCUCGAUUUGGGCUAUAAUCGACUGAGGAGUCUUACGCGUAACGCUUUUGCGGGACUUCUCAAACUGACCGAGUUACACCUGGAGCACAACCAAUUCUCGAAGAUCAAUUUCUCUCAUUUCCCAAGGCUGAACAACCUCCGGGCUUUGUAUCUGCAAUGGAAUCGGAUAAAGUCAAUUACCCAGGGGAUUACAUGGACCUGGACAUCUUUGCAAAAGCUAGAUCUCUCCGGGAAUGACUUGCAGGUGUUAGAUCCGAGCAUCUUCCACUGUCUCCCUAAUUUGCAGACUCUAAAUCUGGAUUCCAAUAAGCUUACCAAUGUGUCUCAAGAGGCUAUAGCUGCUUGGAUAUCUCUUACUACAAUCAGUCUUGCAGGAAAUAUCUGGGAAUGCAGCCCCAGCCUUUGUCCCCUUGUGGCCUGGUUGAGGAACUUCAAGGGGAACAAGGAGACCACCAUGAUUUGUGCUGGACCAAAGGAAGUUCAAGGUGAGAAAGUCAUCGAGACCGUUGAAACGUACGGUCUCUGUAAAAUAACCCCGACCCCUUACAUGCCAAUUUCCUCAACUGUAAAUUCUCCACUCAAGCCUGGACAUUUGCCCCUGCCCACUAUGUUUCAGGUAAAUGAGAAAAUAACUCGCCAAAAUCCUGUUGCUCCUACCCCAACAGCUGCGUUCCCACCUGUCCCUGAGCAGGACUUCGAGCAUGUUUCUUUCCACAAGAUAAUAGCCGGCAGUGUCGCCCUCUUCUUAUCCGUGGCCAUGAUCUUGCUAGUGAUCUAUGUUUCCUGGAAGCGUUAUCCCAGCAGCAUGAAGCAGCUUCAGCAGCAUUCCAUGGUGAGAAAACGCCAGAAAAAGGCCCGGGAGACAGAGCGAACCCUCAGUUCCCCACUUCAGGAAUAUUAUGUGGACUACAAACCAACAAACUCUGAGAACAUGGACGUACUUGUCAAUGGGACAGGACCCUGUACCUACACCAUCUCCGGCUCCCGAGAAUGUGAGGCUCCUCAACAGAUGGGCACAUUGGCGUUCUACAGAUACGAACAGCCCAUCGUGGACUACUGCCAGGCACACCAUCCCAUGCAUAUGAACCGGGGCUUUGAGCCCCCCUCACAGGCCAUCGAGGGGCUGGGGGCACGAGAACGCCGCACUGUCCCUUCCUCUGGCCUCCUUCCUUCCGUGCCUGCAGCCCCUCUCUCAGACAUCCGCACCCUGCCACAGUGAGCUGGAUAUAGACUUGUCCACUACCACUGUCACCUGUGUCCCUGGAGGGCAUACGUUCUACCCCCAACACACACCCCAACGAUUGGGAACAGAGAUAUAUGGGCCAGUGUGACAGACAACAAACUCUGUGGACAGCAUCAGUCUUUGUCACAAACUGGAUUAAAGCUGGGUUUGUCAUUCUCAAGAGUCAUCGUUGUACGAUCAAUGUGAUUUAGAAUCAUAGGAAAAAAAAAACAAUCUUUUGGAUGCUUUUUGUCCUGGUAUGUUUUGGGUUAUUUUGUGGCACCUACAAAAAGUUUUGUUCAGAAACCUUCGUGUCAAAGUGGAAAUGUUGCAACUGAGAAAUAAAUACCAAGGCCUCAACAGCACACAUAUUCCGACAAGGAUAAAUUGGUGUUUUCUCAAAAGCAGAAGUGAUUGGAGGAAUAGUUUACCCUAAAAUGAAAAUGACUUAUUUUCUUGCGUAAAACAUAAAAGGAGAUGUUUUAAAAAACAUUCGCUCUACUCCGUACAACCAAACGCAUAUUGCUACCAGGGGUGGUCAAGCUCCAAAACAAAUGACAAAACUGCACAAUAAAAGUAGUCAAAUUUAAUUGUUAUUCACUCUAAAUAAUCCCAUCUAGUCUGUUUCUUACAGAAAGCUAUCAUAUUUUAUUCAGAAGACUUGGAAUGUAAUGCACAAGUCAUAUGGACUUUUAUUAUGCUUUUUUCUCCUGUUUGGAGGACAAAUGCCAAUUGUUACUAUAUGCUUUUGUUGAAUGGAGUGAACAUUCUCCUCAACAUCUCCUUUUGUGUUUCAUAAAAGAAAAGAAAAGGAAACAAGGGUGAGUAAAUGACAGAAUCGUCAUUUUUGGUUAAACUAUUCUUUUAAACAGAAUGUGUCCUGUAAAUAGAAUUGAGGGGAAAGCAAUGCAGUGUGCAAAGGAAUUUCUGGGCAGAUUUGAGCAUUAAAAUAUUUAAUGUUUUUAUAAUAAGGCAUUUUAGAAAGACUCUUGCCCUUUGAAGGCAGUUAUAAUAGCUUUUUAUAAAAUUGCCCAGUUUAAUUCAUCAUGGUUAGGUUAUGAAUUUUAAUUGUAAAUGGGGAAAAUAUUCCUCACUUGACAGCUUUUUUUAUUGUGAAUCUUUUAAACGAGUCUUGAUCAUAAUGACCAUGAAUAUAAUGGUAAUAUGAUGAAAGAAAACUCAUUAUACCAGGGUGACUUUAGUCUAAAAUCACUGACAGCCAUAUUAUUUGUCAUAGCUCUGUCUUACACAGACAGUGGAAAACAUACAACGCUAAAUUCCAAAACUUAAUUAGUUGCUUUGCUGUAAACAUAGGCAGCAUCCUAAUCAAAAUGGAAUCUCAUACUGUUAGUGACUGAAUUGGAACGCUCUACAUAGGCAGCAACUUUGUGCACAACACAAAUAUUUAUUUGUGUGCAACACACUGGAGAGUCAGUUUAAGUUAAAGCUCGAACCCUCUCCUGUACUCUAGACUUUGUGACUCAACCUAACCAGUACUGUAAAAUUUUAAGCCUAAACCCGAAAUUGCUCACUCUCUUUGUACUUGCUUGGAGAAGAAAUUAUAUUUGUUGCAUAAGGCUGUAUUUUAUUCAAGCAUCGUAGGCAACAUUUGUGACAGUAUAGUAACAGGAAACAUACACUACAGGUAAGGCAGCACCUCAGCACACUAGAGCAAAAGGGGAAAAAAGCAUUGGUUUACUGUUUAUCAAGUACUGAAAUUUCGCUGGGUAAAGAACAAUCUGGAAUCAUAUGUAAAAGUCACAUAAAGUCCUCUUUUCAACCUGAACUUCUUCAGAACUUUGAAUCUCUGUGACACUUGUGCUAAAAAUAGCUAGAAGUGCAACAAAUGAAAUGGAACACUGUUAUCUUGAGAUGCGUAUAUAAAAAUGUAUGUUUUUCUUUUUUCACUUGGUCCUGUGCGAGACGCUGAAAAACAGUGUGACGUGGCACAAUGGUCAAAGACGUCUAUUCAGCUCAUGUUUACAUAGAACAACAAUUGAAAAACAAUGCAGACGCUUGCAAAAAUAAGUUUGUGUGAGCAUGUCUGUGAGUGAGAGUGUGUGCACGAAACAAGUUAUGGAAAAGUAAAAUAAAAAUUCAUAUAUUAAAUCAAUUUAGGCUAUAUUAUAUAUACAGUAUAUAUGACAAUAUAACACAUUCAGUGUGAACAGCCACUAACUCUUCUGUUUGCGCAUGUAUGUGAGUGAGAACACGUGCGCGUAAAAAGUUACGUUCAAAUUGUAAAAAUUAUUAUAUAUUUGUGACAGAUCUCUUACUCAGUUGGGAAGGAGGAAGCGAGGGCCGGGUAAACUGUACACGAAAGUUUUUUUUUUCAAAACACUUUUCAGCGUAACGCAAGGUUUGCUUUUCAGCCUGACAUAAAUGCACACACAUAAACAAUGCUGCUGCGUCUCUCUCUCUCCCCUCUGGCAGUCUGGACUGCCCUUUUAUCCCUCUCCAGCUCUCACUGCAACACAAAACAGCUGUUAGAGAUAAUUUCCCACAGGUGUCAAUCCUUACUGCUCUUCCUCUCCCGCCCUCGCUCUCCACAGACAUCGCUUGGCCACGCCCCCAUCUCCACAUUGUUUAAUUAAUGAAGCCUAUAUUAUACUAUCAAAAUAUUUAUAAUAAUUAUUAUUUAUUUAACUAUUAAUUACACACCCAAAUCUGACCUGAACACAAGGCUAUACUUUAUAAACUGACCCAAACUCAAAUGCAUUUUCGGGUCCCAUCUGGCUCAGGUCAGGUAGUAGACCUCUAAUCACAAUUGAUUCCAAAAGAGUUUAAUCAAAGUCUUUCUAGCAAGUCAGUCCACUUUCGGCCAUGUUUGGAAUACUCUCGGGAGGCUAUUUCCAGUCAUGAAAGUGCAGCUCCUAUCUACUUGAAUGGGGAAAGACCGAAAUCUCCAAAACGGUUGGUCAAGAUUUUGAUCAAAAAACAUUUUAAAUCAGCAGUAAAAUCUGACAAUACUGGUAUCAUAAAUUGUGCUUUUUUACCUCAGAUUACACAAAAAAAUGCAAUUUUCCUGGCUUGUAUAGCUAAUGCGCAUGCUCGUUCUCAAGUUCUUUGACAGGCAGUGUCUGUAUCUAAAAUGUGAUCGUCUCUUUUACAUGUAAGGCGGGACUUCCUUUCUACAUCCGCUGAACGUUGGCUGUCAUUGGGCGUUCCAAUUUCUCCUUUUAAUAGAAGUGGCCCAUCUCUGCUAAAUAGUCUCUGGUUUAAUGUUAUCAUGUUGCUAAGCUAACAACAUGAUUCUCAAAUUAGCAUAACAAUAUGCAGCACACAAAUAUUGGGUUAAAUAGUAAAACAUUUUAUUAGAUAUAUCUUUUUGUCGACACUUUUCAGCAUUUUUUUUUUCAUCCAAUUUGGAAUGCACAAUUCCCUGUGCGCUUUAUUUUUUAUUUUUUUCUCAUCCUCGUGGUCGCGUAGUGAUUCGCCUCAAUCCGAGUGGCGGAGGAUGAAUCCCAGUUGCCUCCGCGUCUGAGACCAUCAACCCACGCAUCUUAUCACCUGGCUUGUUGAGCGCAUUGCCACGGAGACAUAGCGCGUGUGGAGGCUACACGCCAUCCACCGCGGCAUCCGCGCCCAACACACCACGCGCCCCACCGAGAACGAACCACAUUAUAGUGACCACGAGGAGGUUACCCCAUGUGACUCUACCCUCCCUAGCAACCGGGCCAAUUUGGUUGCUUAGGAGACCUGGUUGGAGUCACUCAGCACGCCCUGGGAUUCGAACUAGUGAACUAGCGAACUCCAGGGCCGACACUUUUCAGUAUUAAAUAAAAGAUACAUAUAUUUACAGUCAACAUUUUGUUCACUAUCUUUGAUAAACUUUAUCGUAAUGCUGCCUUAGAAAUCAACCAGUUGCUGCCUAAGGGAGCACACCAAUGAUAGCUCAAAAUGCUGUCUAGGUAGGCAUCUCACUAGGCUUUGGAACAGAGCUAAUUUGUGAGGUUUUCUUGUUAAAUUUGUCUUCUUGUUAUGAUUUAAAACCUCUGUUUUUAUAUCCACUGGUCCAAUCCGUUGAAUACCUAUUGUUUAGCUGUAUGUAUGCUCUGGGAUCCUACAUUAGCACCAUAACUUGAAAACCAUUGUGAAAGCAGCUCAGCUACAUCAUUUAACCUGUUUUAAGGCCAUCGAUGCUGUCCCGCACCUCUGUCCCACAACUGGACAUUAUACUGUAUUCCAAGAGGCCCGGAUUGACCCAUUAAAUGACAUGGAAAUGGAUGUAAAUUCUUUUUGUUAUGACAUAACACACAUUCCACCUGGAACUGUAAAAAUAUACAUUAAAAAAAGACUGGGAGGGACUUACAGACACUAUAAAGUGGAAGAGAAUACUUCCCCAACUGGACUUACUUGUCUUGUAAAUAUUAUGUAAAUUAAAAAAGGAUGUCUUUGCUUCAACAGCAACACAAUCUUGUUACCUAGAAGAGGAGCCUUAUCUUUAAUCCAGGAGGAAGCGCGUGAAUGCAUUGAAUGUGUCUGUGUGCGUGUUAGCGUGAGUGCAUGAAACUGUGGGAAAGUGAGAAUUGAAGAGGAAAACAAGAUGGCUGUGUUAGAAAAUUAGCCUGCUGUUUGAAAAAAACAACAUUUGUUUCAGAAUUUUUUUUUUCAUUUCCUUUUGCGAUUUUAAAUAAUUGCAACAUAUGUUUGAUGCAUCUGUCACUGAACACCAGUCCUCCAAUAACUACAUUGAUUUUCCAACCAAAUGUUUUUAUACCAGUAUUUAUGUAAAAAAAAAAAAAAAAAAAAAAAAAAAACAUAUAACUAGUAUAUACUUUUGACUUUUACCCCCCAAUGCAAUACCUGUGUCUUCAAGCAGAAUGGCCGAUUUCUGUUCUGAUGGCAAGUUUGUGCUGAUUAUUUUAAGCAUUUGACUGUGUUUUCCUGUAUCCUAGCAAUGAGGUUGAAAUAUUUCAUUUUUGUCCGUUCAAAAGUUAUAAAGCGUAAAAAUUGUUUCUUUA